UAAUCAUUGCUUUUUUCCACUUUAAAUAGUAAAAUAGUAAAUUGAUAAUGCUGCAGCCAAUUAAAUACAGCCGUGGUUUUCUUCAAAUUAUUGAUCAGCUAAGGCUACCAUUGGAAGUUGUUUACAUUGACAUUGUUUCAGUGGAAGAUGGUUAUUAUGCUAUUAAGGACAUGAAAGUCAGAGGUGCUCCUGCUAUAGCUAUUGUUGCAGCAUUAUCAUUGGCUGUUGAAAUUUGGGGUAAACAUUUUGAAAGUACUGCAGAUGUUAAAGAUUUUGUGCAUAAUAGCUUAGAUACUUUAGUCAAAGCUCGCCCUACAGCUGUAAAUAUUUUUAGAGCAGCAAGUGAUAUAAAACGAUUUACCGAUUCUCUUUAUGUAAAUUUUCUUUCUGUCAGUGAUAUUGUUGAAAAUGUGGUUGCUUUCAUAGAAAAUUUAAAAGAAGAUGACGUCAAAUGCAAUAUAGCAAUUGGUGAUCAUGGUGCAAAACACAUUUGUGAUAAUGUUGGAUUAUCUGAACUUGUUGUUUUGACACAUUGCAACACAGGCUCACUGGCUACCGCGGGUUAUGGAACUGCAUUAGGUGUAGUUCGUUCACUGCAUAAAAAAAAAGUUUUAAAACAUGUGGUUUGUACUGAGACAAGGCCUUUUAAUCAAGGUUCGCGUCUAACAGCUUUCGAGUUAAGCCAUGACAAUAUUGAUGCCACACUGAUUGUUGAUAGUGCAGUUGCUUUUGCAAUGAAACAAAAAAAUAUUUCUGCAGUUGUAGUUGGAGCCGACCGCAUUGCAAUUAAUGGUGAUACUGCCAAUAAAAUUGGUACCUAUCAGAUCGCAAUUCUAGCCAAGUUUUUUAAUAUACCCUUUUAUGUUGCUGCGCCAACGACGUCAAUUUGUAGAAACGCUAAAGAUGGGCAAAGUAUAUUGAUCGAAGAGCGAAACACUGAAGAAAUUACACAUUUCCAGGGUAAAAGAAUAGCCGCCGAAGGUGUAAAUUGUUGGAAUCCCGCUUUUGAUAUCACUCCAGCAGAGCUUAUUACGGGGGGAAUCAUAACAGAGUAUGGUGUAUUUAAACCAGUAGAUCUUAAUGAUGAGAUGAAUAAAUUAAAAUAAGAAAAUUAAAUAUCUCCUGUUUGGAAUUUGCUAAUACUGAUAAUAUUUGACUUAACUGAAAAUAAUUAUUUCAAAACAAAGUAAUUAAGAGAGUUAUUACUGACAAUUUAUUUGUUUAAAUUUAAUUUUUUAUAAAUAUUUUUGCUUUGUUAUUACAAAUCGUAAUAAUGUCAUUUACCUUAAACUUUAAGUUUAUUUUAAAAUUA